GGCCGCGCCGGGCGAUGCCGCGCCGGGCCCGGGGCCGCCGCCGCCGCCCUGCGCCCCGGGGAGCCGCCCGAGGUUCAGGCUUCGCUGCCUCCCGCAACGUGCCAGGAUGCUGCUGGGCCCAGGGAUGCACGACUGCGCCGGACGCCUGCUCCCUCAGCCAAAAAGCAGGAGUUCAGGUAGCUUGUGCCCAGCGCCCUGUGCCAUCAGUGUCAGCACCAGGAGCAGCCGUGUGCAGGGCUGACCGUGAACCGUGCGGCCUCCAUCCUGCUCCCGAGCAUUUGCUCCGUGCUCAGGUGCCACCUGCACGCUGCCCCCUGGAUGAGCAGGAUGGUGUCCCGGGCGUGCACAGCCCAGGCGUGGCAGAGGCGGGCUCCGCGUGGGCAGCGCUGUGCCACACAGUCAUCAGCCCAGCUUCAUCCUCCUUUUCAUCCAGGGGGCUGGCUCCCCUCCAGAGCAGCUGCCAAGUUCUUCUCUGCCUGGUGAGGCCCCAGCUCUGUCCUCCCUCCUUGCCUCUGAAGGCAGCUGCCUGCAGCUGUGCUUGGUCAGGGGGAGGGAGUCUGACAGCCCUGGUGCCGCACAAGGCAGGCAGGGUGCUUUUGGGGACAGUGCUUUGCUCUGCCCCAGCCCAGGAAAGCUGAGCAUCCCACAGAAAUUCAGGGCCUGUUGCAGAGCUCCUUGUGUCCUGGAGCUUUGGGCUCGUGCUGCUGUUCCUUGCGUUCGGUUUGUGGUGUUGGGGCAGGGUGGGCAUUGGCAAAUAGCUCUAGGCAAAGCUCUCGGGGGGUGUGAACCUGAAGGAAACUGAAUAUCCAGCCAAUUUUUUCCUUCCCACCCUACAAGACAGCCAGGCUAAAAAAAUCCAGGCUUCAUCUUGUGCUGUGCAUAAAAAUAAAGAGACUAAAAAAAGCGGUCCUGGAUCAUAGCAUUUAAGGGCCUUCUUGGGUUAAACACGUAAGUCUAGUCUUAGCUUGCCUUGAGGGGGGAAAAUAUAAGCAGUACCACUGGCUGGGAAAUCCCAUGGAAAAUAAGGCAUGUACCCUUCAUGGUGCCAGAGCCUAGUCAGUGUGAUGAGCUACCAGAUAAGGCAGUGGGAUCCCAAGUGCUUGACAUGUCCCAGGUGUCCAGCCUGCCCCAUCAUGUGCUUCCUAGGAGCUGGCUUUCAGCCAGCACAUGCCACCAGGCUGGCCUUGGUCGGUCUCAGGAGCUCUUUGGCUAGAAAUCUGCAAGUUUGGAACAAGCCAGGCACAAAGGAUGGGAGAAAUCUAUGAAUGGCUCCCUCCCUUCUUUCAGCCACCCACAGCUGUUGAGGAGAGGGUGGCAGAAGGGGGCCCAAGGGUGGGACUGGGAAAUCUCAGCAACUUUCUGAUGACCCUGCCUGUUCUUCUGUGCAGGAUGGUUCCCCCACCACCUGUCAGCAAGCCCCACGUGUGCCUCUCCACAGUGCUCAUCAUGACCAGCCUCGUCCUCAUGGAUGCCUACCUGGUGGAGCAGAGCCAGGGCUCCAGGAAGCUGGGCAUCUGUGUCAUGGUGGCAGUGGGUGACAUUUGCUUCCUGCUGGUCCUCCGCUAUGUGGCUAUCUGGGUUGGGGCAGAGGUAAAGACAGCUAAGCGAGGAUAUGCCAUGAUCCUCUGGUUCCUCUACGUCUUCGUUCUGGAGAUCAAAGUCUACUUUGUAUACCAGAAUUACAAAGCUGACCGGAAAAGCUUGGAUCUCAUUGCCCGCAAAGCGCUGACCUUGCUGCUCUCCAUCUGCAUCCCAGCUCUCUACGUGCUCUUGGUGGCCACGGAGCACAUGGAGUACGUCAGAACAUUCAAGAAGAAGGAGGAUCUCCGCAACCGCCUUUUCUGGGUCAUUGUGGACAUGCUGGACGUGCUGGACAUCCAGGCCAACCUGUGGGAGCCCCAGAAGAAAGGGCUGCCGCUCUGGGCUGAGGGCAUCAUGUUCUUCUACUGCUACAUCCUGCUCCUGGUCCUGCCCUGCGUGUCCCUGUGCGAGAUCAGCAUGCAGGGCAUCGGCAUCGUGCCGCACCGCAUGAUGCUGUACCCCAUGCUCAGCAUGCUCACCGUCAACAUUGCCACCAUCUUCAUCCGAGGCAGCAACAUGGUCUUCUUCAGGGAUGCCCGGGUCUCCAGCAUCUUCAUGGGCAAGAACAUGCUGGCCAUUGGGAUGAAGGUCUGCAUGUUCGUGCAGUACCAGCGGCACCAGCACCACGCGCCCCCGGGGCCGGACCCGCAGCACAGCACCCCAGCCCAGCCACCCUCGGGGCCGCGCAAGGCCCGGGACCAGCCUGCCUGCCCCGAGGAGCUGGCCCAGGACAACACGUGACGAGCCAGCAGGAGCUACAGCCUGGCCAUCCCCACGCCUGGCCGUACCCACAAACCCGGGGCAGGCUGCGGAGCUCCCUGCCUGGACAGAGGGCAACGACCCUGCUCCCUCCUCCCCUGGGUGAAACUGCCCAGGGCCCCGAGGGGCGCAUGGCGAGGGCCCCCACAGCAGCCUCUGCAAGGCUGCAGAGCAGUUUGGAACCUCAGCAGCCUCUGCAAGGCUGCAGAGCAGUUUGGAACCUCAGCACCUUCUGCAAGGCUGCAGAGCAGUUUGGAACCUCAGCACCCUCUGCAAGGCUGCAGAGCAGUUUGGAACCUGAGCAGCCCACCUGGUAAAACAGCGGAGCAGGCGAUGAGGCCAGGGCCGCCUGCCAUGAGGUGUGUCUGGGUGAGGCCAGGCAGCCCCACCCGGUGCCAGGCUCCCUGCCAGUGCUCCCUGUGCAGCACUGCUCUCUGGCCAGCCAGGCUGCUGCACGGGGACACAGCGGGUCACCCACUUUUCUGUUGUGGUUGGCCCUGGCUCCAGUGUGGUCCUUGGCAGCAGCCUGCUCCCCACUGUGUGAGCCGAGGUCCCCAUGCAGGGGGAGCAAGGCCUGGCCCUCCCCCUGUUGUCACCCCUCUCAGCCAGCUGCAGGCUUGGGGGGACCCAAAAAGGGGUGACUGUCCGUUUUUUGUAUCUCCCUCUUUGCAAUAAAAGACCUGAGCCCUGCA